AUGAAAGCCCGAUGGAAGAGCAUAAAAUCCUGGUGGAAGAGCAUAAAAUCCUGGUGGAAGAGCAUAAAAUCCUGGUGGAAGAAGUUGGAAACGUCCCGUCAAGAAUGCGCGGCACAUCAUUCCCAACUCGAUGGGGACAAUAAAAUACAGAAGUCGACAUUAUUUCCACGUGAGCUUCUAGAAAUCUUUGGAGUCAAAAAUCCCUCCCAAGCUCAGACAGGCUGGUCAAAAGACAAAAUCGAGUUAAAAGAGACACAAAGGCAACUUUCCGAGCUUCAGGACGAGUUAAAACAGAAAGAAAUAGAACUUUUCGAGGCUCAGGACGAGCUAGAACAGACGAGCCAGAAAUUCUUCAAACUCCAAGAUGAAGUUCUCGGUUGCGUUGAGAGAUUCGAUCCCAGUUUCGAUUCCCAAGUAUGUCAAGAGUUCGUACAGCUCAAUAAUAGUAUCGGAAAGCUCUGCAAGUCUAAGGAGCUCAAAGAAAUAGCCCUACAAGGCAAUCCUUUAACGGACUGGGGUCCCCACACACUUUGGGAAGACUCAUUCCAUCCCUCUCUCAGCCCCACGCAAUAUAGUCUAUCAGAUACAGAGAAAAGACUAAUCCUCCGCCAAGCGACCUGGAAAUUCAUAAGUGAGAGACUAUUCAAUCGUAACAGCCCUCUCGCCUCGUUUAGUGGUCCUAUCGGCGAUCUCGCAUCUGGUUUCCACUUUGCUAAGCUCUUUCCAGACCACGACGUCAAUGAAGACGCCGGCAAGUGGCGGUCUAUUACCGUGCGUCAGCUAGCUGCCUUACAAGAAGCUGGGGAUAGCAGGCAGAAUGAAAAGGAAUCCAUAACGCAGCUCAUUAAUGAGUUUACCGCCCAUAUACAAGAAAAUUUAGCGAAUUAUAAAAUAGAACGGGAGGGGCCACAUGGUACACCUAGUGGACUAUAUCUUAGAAGAUUGGGGGAAGUCUUCGAACGAGCCGUCAGAUUUUCUCGGCUUAUCAUGAAAGAAAGGGCCUCUUUCACUGUAGACUCGCCGCUUCUAAGCCAAAUGGGCUUUACUAGGGUGGAGGAUGAUGAAUUAACCACAGCACAAGGUGCAGAUAUCGGAGUAAGUGAUGGUGAUGACACCGAGGUCGACCUAGCAGGCACCAUCAAGCUUGUUGGAAGCCCUUUUCUCAGGAAGCACGGUGAUGGUGGAGGGAAGAAUCUUGAUCAAAAUAUUAUCAUCGUGAGGGCGUUCGUUGUCAUAGAUAUAGAUCCACCACUAGCAUCUCCCGCUCCAGAUCCGAUAGAAAAUUAG